AUGGUGUACUACGUGAGUGGUUCAAACAUAUUCGGGCAAUGGCCUUCUGACGAUCUUGUGAUACGUGAAUUUCGUGCUAUCCCUCAAAAUAAUUUUAAAAGUCAGCCAAAAAUAAUAGACAUUAAUUGGGCGUACAAUAUAUUUUUAAUAGAAGAUAAAUUCUAUCUCUCAGGUGCUUGGGAUGGGAAGAUAAAACAAUUGGUUGAAAUACCUUUGUCAGCUAAUUAUAUUAGUUCUCCUAAGGAACUCAUAGUGACUGGAAAUGACUAUUAUAUUUUAUUAGCCAGCAUAAGUACCAAUGUCGUUAUGGUACUGGAUUUAAAAAUGGAAAAGGAGGUAAAGAAGAUUCAUAUGAACAUUGAAGAACCGGAAGUAAAUAUUACAACAGAACAAAAAACAAAAAUUUCAAAAGUAGUUUUGGUAAAUGAUUCUUGUUUGUAUUUGACAUCAGCGGGUAAUGUGUACUGUGGGAUUUUACCUAGUUAUGUUGAUACUAAGCACUGUAAUGGAGGAGUGUUCGAUAUUCAAUGUGGCUAUGAACAUUACGUAAUGUUGACGACCACUGGGACUGUCUACACUUGGGGAAAUGGAAGGCGGUUACAACUAGGUCAUGGUGAUGUUAGCAAUCUUGAGGUUCCCACGGAAGUUGAAGCAUUGGCUGGAAUAAAAAUAGUCAAAAUCAGUUGUGGUGGUUGGCACUCAUUAGCUCUCAGUGAAUUUGGUGACCUAUAUGCCUGGGGCUGGAAUGAUAUGGGCCAACUGGGUAUUUCAAAUUCUAUAGAAGACUGUCAGAGUUACUCAGUGCCUACGUUAGUUGACUUCUUUGAUGCAAAUGGGGAUGAGCUUACAUUGAAUGUAAAAGACAUUGCAUGUGGUUCCAGACAUUCAGCCAUAUUACUUGAAAACAAUACUGUAUGGACUACUGGUUGUAACAAAUAUGGUCAGUUAGGGUUUUCACAAGACCAAUGUCAAUCAAGCAGGUGUUUCAAAGUGGCUUUUUAUUGCAACAACAGGUCUAUUCUAUUGUGUGGACCAUGGACAACAGUGAUAGUAUCUGAUAGUUCUGAUACAUAG